ACGUGGGCCCCGCUCCCGCCGCCGCUGCUGCCGUCGUCUUUCUCUGUCUCGACUGAGGCAGCCAUCUUGCUCUUGCCGCGUGCUGUUGUUGGAGGACCCUCCCUGCUUCAGAUUUACCAACAGCAUGAAUCAAGAAAAGUUAGCCAAACUUCAGGCUCAGGUCCGGAUAGGGGGCAAGGGUACAGCUCGCAGAAAGAAGAAGGUGGUACAUAGAACAGCUACAGCUGAUGACAAAAAACUUCAGAGUUCUCUAAAAAAACUGGCUGUGAAUAAUAUAGCUGGUAUUGAAGAGGUGAACAUGAUUAAAGAUGAUGGGACAGUUAUCCAUUUCAACAAUCCCAAAGUCCAAGCUUCCCUUUCUGCUAACACCUUUGCAAUUACUGGUCAUGCAGAAGCCAAACCAAUCACAGAAAUGCUUCCUGGAAUAUUAAGUCAGCUUGGUGCUGACAGCUUAACAAGUCUUAGGAAGUUAGCUGAACAGUUCCCUCGGCAAGUGUUGGAUAGCAAAGCACCAAAACCAGAAGACAUUGAUGAGGAGGAUGAUGAUGUUCCAGAUCUCGUAGAAAAUUUUGAUGAGGCAUCAAAGAAUGAAGCUAACUAAAAAAUUUUUUCUGGUGUUUGGAAGCUGGCAUGGACUAGAUUUAACAGAUCAGCUAUGUGGUUCCAAAGUUUUACAGACAUGGAGAACAUCAACUGUUACUAGUUCAGUAAUAUAAAUAUUUUGUAUAUUAAUAAUGCUGUUUGUUCAGCAUUUUUCGGUCAUUUGAUUUUGCAUUUUGCACUUCCGCCCAGGAUCUAUUCUUUUGGUCAAAAUACGAAGUAUUGGUGCAGUUUGAGGGUGUUUUGGUGUUUGAUUCUCAGUUUUUUGUUUUGUUUUUUGUUGGAGUAUUUUUGGUGUGUGUAUGUGUAUGUAUGUGUGUGGGUAUGUGUGUAUACAGUGGAGAGCAAAUUGGAAAACAGUUCUAUUUAUCCUCCUUCUUCCCCCAGUAGAAAUAAAACAAAUCUUUACAUUUGUUA